AUGGGAUGUGUGAGUGUGCUCCAAAUUCUCAACUACUACACAACCGAGGGCCACCAGCCGAAGCGCGGAAUCGUAUUACUUCUCAACAACGGCGAGGAGGACGGUCUGUACGGUGCGAGAGCAUACGUCUACAGUCCUCUAUAUUACUUUACCACCACGUUUGUUAACCUCGAGGGCGCUGGUGCCGGUGGGCGAGCGAUUCUCUUCCGGACAACCGAUUUGGAGACCGCCAAGGCUUACUCCCAUGCCCCUCACCCCUUUGGCUCCGUUGUUGCUGCCGACGGAUUUAAGAUGGGCUUCAUCAGGAGUGCCACUGAUUAUUCAGUAUGGACGGAAAAUUUUGGCCAGCGCGGCCUUGACAUCGCGUUCUAUCGCCCGCGAGCGCGGUACCACACUAACCAGGACGACACCCGCCACGCAUCUCAGAAGAGUUUGUGGCACAUGUUGUCCAACUCUUUUGCAGCCGUUGAUGCUCUCCAGAAAGACACAAGCAGCUUCGUUAGCAAGCGUCAUGGCGGAGACAGGCGAAAGGUGUCAAGCGGUUCCGGAACUGACGGCGUGUGGUUCGACAUGUUUGGACAGGGCUUUGCCGUUUUGGAGCUUAGAGGCCUCUUUGCAUGGACUUUGACUCUGCUUAUUGUGUCACCGCUAAUCCUCGCUCUUGUCACCUACAUUCUGGCAAGGCAAGAUAAAUACUACCUCUUCUCUGCAAAGGUCAAGCUAGAAGACGACGACGAAUCCAUUUCUCUUGGAGGCUGGAAGGGCUUUUUCAGGUUCCCGCUCGCUUUUGUGUUCUCGGCUGCGCUGACGAUUGCCUCUGCUUUCUUGAUCCGCAGAGUCAACCCUCACAUCAUCUACAGCAGUGACUACGCAGUUUGGGCAACGUCACUGUCCCUGUUCUUCGCCAGCUUCUGGGUCAUUUCGAGAGGUGCUAGCGCAGUUAGGCCGAGCGCUCUCCAGCGAGGUUACGCCCAUAUUUGGCUCUUCAUCAUUAGUUGGGCUAUUCUAGUUAUCGUUACCGUCUUCGCAGACAGGUUCAGGAUCGCCUCAGGUUACCCUUUUGCCUUCUUCCACUCUGCCGUUUUUGUUACGACGCUCAUCAGCCUCUUGGACCUUUUUGCGCUACCGACCAAGCAGGACUAUGCGCAGGCCACCUUUGAUGACCAGCAGGCCAGGGACCAGAUUGCUGAAGUUCCUAACUCUGAUGCACUAAUUUCUCCUGGACCGAACGAGGGCGUCAGCCGUACUACCGAGGAAGAACACCACGAGGAGCCUUCGGAAACUACCGCCCUGUUGAGCGGAGAGAAUGGAACUCAUGGAACAAUCCGUACGACUUUCACAUCUGGCUACCGGCGUUCUAUUUCUGCCAUCAUGAGCCAUCAUGACGAGGAUACCAAGAAUGAACCCAAGCCGUACGAACAGGAGCAGCAGUGGUCUACAAAGUUGCCAUCGUGGACCUGGUUCAUCCAGCUUCUCGUACUUGCCCCAAUUACCAUCAUUGUCUUUAUCCAACUUGGCCUCUUCAUGACGGCCGCGAUUCAAUCAACCAGCGCCGACGGCAAGGACCCCUUGCUCACUUACGUGUUGAUUGCUUUCUUCAGCAUUGCAAUCCUUCUGCCCGUUACCCCCUUCAUCCAUCGGGCCACGUUCUACUUGCCUUUGUUCCUGUUCUUCAUCAUCGCCAUCAGUCUCAUCUACAACCUGGUCGCUUUCCCAUUUUCCCCGAAUAACCGUUACAAGGUUUACUUCCAGCAAGUGGUUGAUUUGCAGGAGGGCUCGUCAUUGGUGAAAAUCACCGGCAUCGAGGAGUAUGUUCGGAGCAUGAUCGAUGAACUUCCUUCAGCUGCAGGCCAAAUCCCUCACUGCGAAGAGUCUACCAGGGGGUUACUUUCGACAUGUAGCUUCGAUGGAGCCACAGUGCCGCCCAAGAUCACAGCCGAUCUUUUUACCGAUUUCUCGAAGAACAAGUAUGCAGACCUUGUUACGGUCAACAUCAGCCGCUCGGACUCAAACAAGUACAAAGCUACGUUGGAUAUCGACGCCAAGGAGUCCAAGACGUGUACCCUGGUGUUUGACACCCCGAUUACCACCUUCUCUAUUCGCGGAAGCCCUGGCAUUGAGCCUGUAUUGGGAGCGCUGCCUGAAUCCGGAGUCGAAGGCAUCACAUUGUGGCGAAGAGAUUGGUCCAAACGUUGGGUGGUUGAUAUCGAAUGGUCGUCGUCCUCAUCGUCAUCGGAAAAACCCAAGGGGAAGAUCUCGUGUGACUGGAGCGAUGCCAACGUUCUGGGAACCAUACCCGCGUUCGACGAAGCCUUACAGUAUGCUCCCGACUGGAUUGCUGUCACCAAAUAUGCCGUUGGCCUUGUUCAAGGUGUCCAGAAAUUCUCGGUCUAA